UCCACCAAUCUGUUCGCCGUGUGUCUCUCCCCCUCUCUUCUCUCUUGCUCGCCCGCUCGCGUUCACCACGAAGCCCAAUCGCAGCACUCUGCCUCGUCGCUCGGAGCACCGCGCCAUGCGCCACCCGUGGAAGCACCCCACCGCGCGCCACGGCGCCGCCGAGCUCUGCUUCCGCGAGGUCGGCGACCUCCUCCCCCGCCGCUUCGCUCGCCGCGCCGCCGCCUCCGAGGAUCUUGUAAUGCGCCUCCAGAUUCAUAGGAAGCUCAACAAGCACACAGGAUGCGUGAACACGGUGGGCUUCAAUGCCGCUGGUGACACCCUCAUAUCUGGGUCAGAUGAUCAGAGGGUAAUGCUGUGGGAUUGGGACACUGGUGCAGUUAAAAUGCAGUUCCAUUCGGGCCAUGGCGAUAAUGUAUUCCAAGCACGGUUCAUGCCUUACACGAAUGAUCGCACCAUUGUCACCUGCGCUGCUGAUGGCGAGGUGAGAGUUGCCAAGAUCCAGGAUGGCCGGGAUGUGCUUACUUCAUUGCUUGGUGACCAUGAUGGAAGGGCUCACAAGUUGGCUUUAGAGCCUGGAAGCCCUUAUAUUUUCUAUAGUUGUGGCGAAGAUGGUCAUGUCCAACAUUUUGAUUUGAGGACAGAUACAGCCACAGAGUUAUUCAUUUGCAGAAAGUUUGUGGCUAAAUCAGGAUACUCCUCUCAUGUCCAUCUUAAUGCAAUCACAAUUGAUCCACGGAAUCCAAAUCUUCUUGCAGUUGCGGGAAACAAUUCUUAUGCUCGUGUCUACGACAUCCGUAAAUGCAAGUCGGGUGGAUCAUCUGAUUUCGCUCAGCCAUCUGACUGUUAUUGUCCACCACAUCUUAUUGGCAAUAAGAAUGUUGGAAUAACAGGGUUAGCAUUCUCUCACCAGAGUGAGUUGCUUGUAUCUUACAAUGAUGAGAAUAUUUACCUCUUCCCUAAAAAUGGAGGGCUGGGACCCGACCCAAAAUCAUCCGUCAAAAUUGGAGGCGGUGAAGGGUCCAACUCAACAGUGUUUGCAUCUGGUGAAGAUGUUGAUCGACCUGCGCCUCAGGUUUAUGUUGGGCAUCGCAAUUGUGAGACUGUGAAGGGUGUGACUUUUAUUGGGCCAAAUCAUGAAUAUGUUGCCAGUGGGUCAGACUGUGGUCGGUUGUUUAUUUGGAGGAAGAGAGAUGGGAAAUUUUUACGGGCAAUGGAGGGUGAUGAAUGCAUAGUCAAUUGUAUUGAGCCCCAUCCUCAUGCUAUGACAAUUGCAAGCAGUGGAAUUGAUAAUGAUGUGAAGCUAUGGACUCCCUCCGCCGUUGAACGAGCACGAGUUGUUAAUGUUGAGGAGUUGAAGCCCCGAAAGAGGAAAGCAAAGCUCUGGCAAUUUGCCUUGCCGGAGGAAUUGGUCUGGCAUGUGCUGGCAUCACGACGUAGGCAACCAGCAGCUGGAGAAGAUUCAUCUGAGGAUCUUGAAGACAACACAGAAUUGCUUAGUCUUGUACUGCGAGCUGCAAACAGAGAUAACUUGUCUGAUGAGAGUGAUGAGGAUGAAAAAACCUCGGAUGGCUCUGGAGAAUAGAGGCCAAUGAUCAAUUGUCCUUGGGGGAUAUUGCAAAAUUGUGUAUAUACGAUAAUAAUUACUCCAUUUUCAUGGAUGAUAAUAGUAUUAGUGUGCCUAUGUAACUUGUGAUUCUCAUCUAUGUUACAGAUUUGUGUGUUUCCGAAAAGGGUAUUUUGUUGAGAAA